AUGUUGGCUCUCACCAACGUCACUGCGCUCGACCUAUGCCUUGCUUGUGUCGGAGUAUAUCUGCUUAAGCAAGUCUUCAACAAGAAGAACCCUCCAUAUCCCCCUGGUCCUCCAGGGUGGCCUAUCAUUGGGAACGUCCUGGACAUGCCCCACAUAAAGCCCUGGCUCACCUUCACAGAGUGGGGCGAAAAGUAUGGUGUCAUUUCGCAUAUCAAGGUCCUGGGUCAACACAUCGUAGUAGUGAACUCUGUCAAGAUCGCGAUGGACAUGCUGGACAACAAGGGCACUGUUUACUCUGACCGUCCUGUGUUGCCUGUUGGUGGUGAACUCAUUGGUUACAAAAACGUUAUGCCUCUCCUCCCUUACGGCGACCGUUUACGCCGGUACCGCAAAAACUUCCACAGCGUCAUUGGCACCCGCGUCGCUGUGGGCGUAUACAGCCAGGUCGAGGAGGUCGAGACUCACCGAUUCCUCAAGCGUCUGUUCGCGAAACCCGAUCAACUGCAGGCGCAUGUUCGACACACCGCUGGCGCUGUGAUUCUGCGCAUCUCUCAUGGGUAUGAGGUGAAAGAGAACGACGAUCCCUUCGUUGACCUUGCAGACCGCGUUAUGGACGAGUGGUCGCGUGCCACCGCUCCUGGCGCUUUCAUGGCUGAUGUCGUGCCAUUCUUGGUCAAGGUCCCCGAAUGGUUCCCUGGUGCUGACUUCAAGCGUCUGGCCCGCGAGUGGCACGACGACCUUGAAGAAUUGAUUUCUGCACCGCACAAGUUCGUCGUGGAUCAGAUGGUGACAAUCAUUUACAAUUCUACGAGUGCUGCUGGCACUGCCCCGGAGUCUUUCACCUCGAAUCUGUUGAGAGGCGGUAGUUUGUCAGCGGAAGACGAGCACAGUGUGAAAUGGUCUUCUGCAACCCUAUACGCUGGCGCUUUUGACACAACUGUUGCUACUAUCAAUGCGUUCUUCCUAGCUAUGACGCUGUUCCCUGACGUGCAGAAGAAGGCUCAGGCUGAAAUAGAUGCUGUCAUCGGUCCUGAUCGUCUUCCCUCCUUCGCCGACCAAGACACUCUCCCCUACAUCGAAGCGCUUGUUAAAGAGACCCUACGAUGGCAUUCUGUUAUUCCUACCGGUUUUCCCCACUGCGUCUCUGAGGACGACAUCCAUGACGGGUACUACAUCCCAAAAGGUUCCAUGGUCAUGACUAACAUCUGGUUCAUGCUGAAUGACCCGAAGAACUAUGCUAACCCUUCGCAAUUCAAUCCUGAACGCUUUUUAGGCAAGGAGCCUGAGACAGAUCCACGCACGAUCUGCUUCGGCUUUGGAAGACGUAUUUGUCCAGGUAUUCACCUCGCUGAAGCCUCUGUCUGGAUAUCCGCUGCGAUGUCACUAGCCGUGUUCGAUAUCUCGAAGGCCGUCGAGAACGGUAUUGAGAUCAUCCCUGAGGUUGAUCCAUUGUCAGGCACAAUCAGCCACCCCAAACCAUUCAAGUGUUCCAUUAAGCCUCGCUCUUCAAGAGCCACCGCGCUCAUUGAGCAGGACGUUAAUUAUUAA